AUUUUUCAUUCAAAUGAUACAAUAAUGGCGGGCGUGAUGUUACCAUUGUUCUUCAGUCUGAAUAUUCUCUGUUCGCUAGUUCAUUUUACAUAUACUGAUGUGGCAAUUGUGAAUAUCAGCUCUACUGCAAAGCACGUGACAUCGAGGAAGACCACAUCACACCAUCAUCCAACAACACAUCGCCCAACAACUCGGCACCAAGCAACCCACCACCACACGACGCACCAUGCAACUCAACGCCACACGACCCACCACCCAGCAACACCACGUCCAACCCCAGAACACGUUGAACAGUCCGCUACCUUCUAUCAUUAUGACCGUAAUACUCACUACAUUUGUGGAUAUCACUCCUCCAGACAUGCGCACUACUGUUUAUGCUAUCAUGUACCCUAUGAACAUCGCGUGGAUAUGCACUCGCCUUUGAAGUUGCUGGAAACUGAGAAACACAUGUUCGAGUUGUAUACAGUUGGGCACCACGUAUUAAUGGACGACUUGCAGUUCUAUAGCAAAUUUAAUUAUGACAAAUGCCACGCCUACGGAAAGAGACCAAACGUCACUACUUAUCUGGUUUACGACAACAACUGAGAAGACAUUCAAGAUGUUAAAUUAUGAUAACUGAAUUAUAUUCAGAGGUGUUUCGUUA